CUCGAGCUGCGGAACCUCGGAAACCCGAAUGUGAGGAGCUUACGGAUCCACAGCUGCCGCCCCCCGCAGAAAUCCGGAGCGCGGUCAGAAGCCAACUGGCGGUGGCGGCUGCAGGUAAAAAGAACGUUUUUCCAAAGAAAGUAACAUAGUUCAGAAGGAAGAAUAACAAAAAGAAAGUGCUGCAGAUUUUAUUUUACAAUAUGUAAGAAUAUCAACAGUUUCUUCAGGAUACUCAUAUUAAGGAAGCAGUCAUGUUUCAUGAGUCCUCAAAACUGUGAGACAAGAGAAUAUAGUAGAAUAAGGCCAGACGUCCUUACUGGCUCAAAGAACUCCAGGGAAACUGGGAUAGAACAUUUUACAUUAUAAGUAGAACCCCGGGAGCCAGAGGUGAAACACACGUUUAUCUGCAGAACUACGCUGCAGAGCUGAGCUGGGUCUGGAAGAAAUGGAUGAGAGCCACUGGAUGAAAUUCACUAAUACUAGACACCUGAGUCCUCUAGUAAUAGAUUUGUGAAUGAACUGUGCUAAGUAUGGAUUCAGGUGGUGGAAGUCUUGGAUUGCACACAUCAGACCCUAGAAUGGCACAUACCAUGAUUAUGCAGGAUUUUGUCGCUGGAAUGGCUGGUACUGCACAUAUCGAUGGAGACCAUAUUGUUGUUUCAGUUCCUGAGGCUGUAUUAGUUUCUGAUGUUGUCACAGAUGAUGGGAUAACUCUUGAUCAUGGCCUCGCAGCUGAAGUUGUCCAUGGGCCUGAUAUCAUCACCGAGACUGAUGUAGUAACAGAAGGUGUAAUUGUUCCUGAAGCUGUACUUGAGGCUGAUGUUGCUAUUGAAGAAGAUUUAGAGGAAGAUGAUGGUGAUCACAUCUUGACAUCUGAGCUAAUUACAGAAACUGUUAGAGUUCCUGAGCAGGUUUUUGUGGCUGACCUUGUUACUGGUCCUGAUGGACACUUAGAACAUGUGGUCCAAGAUUGUGUUUCAGGAGUUGACUCUCCCACAAUGGUAUCAGAGGAGGUUCUUGUAACUAAUUCAGAUACAGAAACUGUGAUUCAAGCAGCUGGCAGUGUUCCUGGUUCUACAGUUACUAUUAAAACUGAAGAUGAUGAUGAUGAUGAUGAUGAUGAAGAUGAUGAUGAUGAUGUCAAGAGCACUUCUGAAGACUACUUAAUGAUAUCUUUGGAUGAUGUUGGGGAAAAAUUAGAGCAUAUGGGGAACACACCAUUAAAAAUCAGUAGUGAUGGUUCACAAGAAGAUGUUAAAGAAGAUGGAUUUGGUUCAGAAGUAAUAAAAGUGUAUAUAUUUAAAGCUGAGGCUGAAGAUGACGUUGAAAUAGGUGGAACGGAAAUUGUCACAGAGAGUGAGUACACCAAUGGGCAUUCUGUAGCUGGAGUGCUUGACCAGAGCCGAAUGCAGCGGGAGAAGAUGGUUUACAUGGCAGUUAAAGAUUCUUCUCAAGAAGAUGAUAUCAGUUGCGCUGAAAUAGCAGAUGAAGUUUACAUGGAAGUCAUUGUAGGGGAAGAGGAAGGAACUUCUCUCCCUGAGACUCAGCUUGAGGACUCUGAUGUUAAUAAAACAAUUGUCCCUGUUGUCUGGGCUGCGACAUAUGGAGAUGAAAGAAGAGUUUCUCGAAGGUAUGAAGAUUGUCAGUCAUCAGGAAAUACUUUGGACUCAACCUUAGAAAACAGAAGUAGUACAGCAGCACAAUACCUUCAAAUUUGUGAUAACAUUAAUACAAAUAAAGUACUUAAACAAAAAGCUAAGAAGAGGAGAAGGGGAGAAAUGAGGCAGUGGCAAACAGCUGUUAUAAUAGGCCCUGAUGGACAGCCCCUGACGGUAUACCCUUGCCAUAUUUGCACAAAAAAGUUUAAAUCCAGGGGAUUCUUGAAAAGACACAUGAAGAAUCAUCCUGAUCAUUUGAUGAGAAAAAAAUAUCAGUGUACAGAUUGUGACUUUACAACUAACAAGAAAGUGAGUUUCCAUAACCACUUAGAAAGCCAUAAGCUUAUAAACAAAGUUGACAAAACCCAUGAAUUUACGGAAUACACACGAAGGUACAGAGAGGCUAGUCCAUUGAGUUCAAAUAAACUUAUAUUAAGAGACAAGGAGCCGAAGAUGCACAAGUGCAAAUACUGCGACUAUGAAACUGCAGAACAAGGACUGUUAAACCGACAUUUACUGGCUGUUCACAGCAAGAACUUUCCUCAUGUUUGUGUUGAGUGUGGGAAGGGCUUUCGACAUCCUUCUGAACUCAAGAAGCAUAUGAGAACCCAUACUGGUGAGAAGCCAUAUCAAUGUCAGUAUUGUGUCUUCAGGUGUGCAGAUCAAUCAAAUUUGAAAACUCACAUUAAGUCUAAGCAUGGUAACAAUUUGCCAUAUAAAUGUGAGCAUUGUCCCCAAGCAUUUGGUGAUGAGAGGGAACUUCAACGCCAUCUGGAUUUGUUUCAAGGACAUAAGACACACCAGUGUCCUCAUUGUGACCAUAAGAGCACCAACUCAAGUGACCUUAAGCGGCACAUCAUAUCUGUCCACACUAAGGAUUUUCCUCACAAAUGUGAGGUCUGUGAUAAAGGUUUCCAUCGUCCUUCUGAGCUCAAAAAGCAUAGUGAUAUCCAUAAGGGUAGGAAGAUUCAUCAGUGUAGGCACUGUGACUUUAAAACAUCAGAUCCAUUUAUUCUUAGUGGUCAUAUCCUUUCAGUUCAUACUAAGGAUCAGUCAUUGAAGUGUAAAAGGUGCAAAAGAGGGUUCAGACAACAAAAUGAGCUCAAAAAGCAUAUGAAGACUCACACUGGAAGGAAGAUUUACCAAUGUGAGUAUUGUGAAUACAGCACUACAGAUGCAUCUGGCUUUAAACGACAUGUGAUAUCAAUACAUACAAAAGACUAUCCACACAGGUGUGAAUUCUGCAAGAAGGGAUUCCGAAGACCAUCAGAAAAAAAUCAGCAUAUUAUGAGGCACCACAAGGAGGCUCUUAUGUAAUAAGAUCAAUAUAAAGAAAGAAGCUAUUUAGAAAAUAUGACAUGCUACAUGGGAAGAUAAUUUCAUGAACUGUUUCACCUGGUUACAAAGCUUGAUAUUAAAUCGUAAAUUUACAUUCUUUUUAUUAAAGAUGUUAAGAUAUUUGAAUUGAGAGGGGAUCUCAUAGCCCUUUGAAAUUAGUUAAAGAAUUUAAGGAGCACCAUAGAAUGGUUGCAGAAAACCUUAUUUUCUAUUUAAUAGUAUUAUAAUCAUAAUUCAGCUACAGAGGGGAAGAGCAAAGGCAACCACUUUAUUUGGCUGAUCAUACUAGAGACAGAUGUUUCUGAAAAGAUCAUAUCUAAUUGAGGAGUUUAGCAAUGCUUUGCUAUCUCAAGCAAGUGUCACUUUUAUGCCGUUUUAGAAAUGGAGUGGGGAAAAUAAAAUGCAGUCAUCCAUUAGUCACUUAGUCAUUGAGCCUUUAUAUGGUACCUGGAAAUUGAAUUCCAGAAAUGGCAAAAGUUUUGUGUAUUCAUCAAUAGAAAUUUCACUGGAAAACAGGUUAGAUUAAUUCAAUACUAUUUAAAAGAAUUUCAGAGCUGCUAAGAUUUUAACACAGGAUAGGAUGUUUAAAAUAUAGCAUUCUGUACUGAAGUCUAAAGAUUAAAGUUCCCCUUUUUUUGAUGUUCAAGUUGAUUGUUGUUAAGUGUGGCAUAUAUGACAGAAGUAUAUUUGAGUCAAACGUGGCUUUCUAAAAUGGAUGCAACAGUAAUGUUGCAAAGUUAGCACUAUAUUUCUUAAUGAUCUAAAGAUUAAAUUGAGAGAACACAGUUUUCUUAAAUAUUAUGUUUAGAGGCUUUCUUUAGGACAGUCAUAGCAAGUAUGAUUGUUCUAGUCUUACUUGCUCUAAUGUUUAAAGGUGCAAUUUUACGCCAUUAUUGAAAAUUUUGAUUUUUAAAAUCUAUAUACCAUAUUAUUAACAUGCAUUUUCAAUAUGAGGCAGUAUUUAUGCGGUAUUUAACAAAACACUAUGCUGCCAAUAGAGCUUGGAGGUGGAUAUUCAGUUUACAGUGUAUAAAUUUAAAAUAUGCAUCCCUUUAACAAUGCUUUAUGUUAGCAUGCUGCAAAUCAACAUGGCGCUUAAAAUAAAAAGCAGGUUUAGGGAAAUUUAAUGAAAAUCCUGUUCAUAAAUGUAAUGCAUAUGA